CUGUGUCCCACCCCCAGGUGCCAAAUCCUAUCUCUUCUGGCUCCCUAAUAUCUAUCCAUCCUGCCCUGCAUUUUAGGCCCUGGGCCUCUUUCCCUAAAAGUGUUCAGACUCCCUGUAUCCCACUCCGACCCAUCUUUGAUACGGCUGCCAGGUCUUUCUAAACUGCUGAUCAGAUCACAUUGCUCCUUUGAUUAAAAUCCUUUUGAUAGUUCCCUCCCCAUGUUUCUCAAACUGGAGUCCAUGCACCUGACAGGUUGGUGUGCCAGGCAUGCUGAAAGUCCUUGGGUCAAAUCACCCUGGAACACUCAUUUUCUUGAGGGUAAGUAAUUUAAACAGAGAACAAAAAACUACCAUGUAUGCAUUAUUAGGAGAAAAUAGACUUCAAGAAAUUCCUACUAGUCCGAAGGGGUUCAGAGUAAGCCACUGGAUUUCCUGGGGGAUAUUUCUUUCUGUCUUUUUUGCCAUUACAUUUACUUCAUUAAAAAAUUUGAAAAACAUCUAAAAUUUCCCGGAAAGGCAAGUAAGAUUCUGUGUGAUCUGGCCCCCUGACUUCUCCUGACUUAGUUUCUCCCUUGUCCUGCCGCCCACUCUGUUUUCAAGCCAUACAAGCUGCUUGAAGUUUCCUGAAAUGAACAAAUUCUUUCUAGCCUCCGUUCUUUUUGUCCUGCCAUUCCCUCUGCAAGGAACAUUUUUCCCCAUCAUUCUCUCUGAUGAAUACCAGUCAUCUUUCAAAAUUCAGCCCAUGAGCCGGUCUUCUGUGAAGUUUUCUGACAACCCAGUGUGGACACAACUCAGUGGCACUCAAGGUCCAACCUGGGUAGGCCUGCGACGGACAGAAGAUGUGUUGGUCGCGUUGGUGGACAGUCACUGGAGGUCCGAGAAUGAGACUGAGCGUCAGGAAGAAGCCAGGUGCACCUCUGGCGGGCCAGGGACCGAUGGAGCCGGCUGCGCGUUGCGGAGGGAAGGGGUGGGGAGCCCUGGCUGGGCGUGCUUCCUGCCCCGGAAUCUGGCGGCCCGCCCCUGCGCCCGCCCCUCGGGCAGAGCCGAGUCGGGGCCAAUCAGCAGGCGCCCCCCGCCCGGCCCGCCCCGUCCCCCUCUGGUGACAGAAAGUCGGCCCAGCAGAUGAGGAAGUGGCAGGCAAGCUGGCCCUGGGGACUUCUCUGUGGCCCUGCUCCCUCUGAGCCCUUCACUGCUGCCCGCCUGGCCCCCCACUGAAUCUUUAGCCAGGAUGGAGGCAGUUGUGAACUUGUACCAGGAGAUGAUGAAGUAUGCAGAUCCUCGGAUCCAGGGCUACCCUCUGAUGGGGUCCCCCCUGCUAAUGACCUCCAUCCUCCUGACCUACAUAUACUUCGUUCUGUCACUUGGGCCUCGCAUCAUGGCCAAUCGGAAGCCCUUUCAGCUCCGGGGCUUCAUGAUUGUCUACAACUUCUCACUGGUGGCACUCUCCCUCUACAUUGUCUAUGAGUUCUUGAUGUCUGGCUGGUUGAGUACCUACACCUGGCGCUGCGAUCCUGUGGACUAUUCCAGCAGCCCGGAGGCACUAAGGAUGGUUCGAGUGGCCUGGCUCUUCCUCUUCUCCAAGUUCAUUGAGCUGAUGGACACGGUGAUCUUCAUUCUCCGGAAAAAAGAUGGACAGGUGACCUUCCUACAUGUCUUCCACCACUCGGUGCUUCCCUGGAGCUGGUGGUGGGGGAUAAAAAUUGCCCCGGGAGGAAUGGGCUCUUUCCACGCCAUGAUCAACUCUUCUGUGCAUGUCAUCAUGUACUUGUACUAUGGGCUGUCCGCCCUUGGCCCGGUGGCUCAGCCCUACCUGUGGUGGAAAAAGCACAUGACAGCCAUCCAGCUGAUCCAGUUCGUCCUGGUCUCACUGCACAUCUCCCAGUACUACUUCAUGCCUAGCUGUAACUACCAGUAUCCACUCAUCAUCCACCUCAUCUGGAUGUACGGCACUAUCUUCUUCAUGCUUUUCUCCAAUUUCUGGUAUCACUCUUACACCAAAGGCAAGCGGCUGCCCCGUGUACUUCAGCAAAAUGGAGCUCCAGGUACCACCAAAGUCAAGGCCAAAUGAGAAACGUGGCCUAGCUCGGUGCCCACCUAAGUGCCUCAGGACUGCGCCUUGGGCAGCAUCUGACUUCUCCCCACCUACGCCGGUGACCUGUGACCAGGGUUUAAGUGGUCAGGACUGAGCAGGGGACCGGCCCUCCCCUCCCCACAGCUGGUACACAGGGACCACGGCUUCCGUUCCUCACCCACUUCUCCCGGCCAGCUCCAAGGACAUGGCCUCAUUGCCCUCUGCCACUCCAGAGCUGGGGGCUGAAAGGGCUGGACACUUAUUUCCCCCUCCCUGCCUUAAACUUGGGAGAGGAGCACUCAGGACUGGCCCCUACCAGGGUCUUGUGGCCUUUUUCCUCACACUGAAGAGGUCAGCAAUAAUCUGUCACUGCGGACCUAUGAUCCCUCCUUCUCUACCCCACACUGAAGCAGAAGCUUCUUGGCCAAAGGUCAGGGUGG